AUUUUUCCUCUUUAGUGCUGUAUUAUAAAUCCAGCAUAGAAACUAUCUUUUUUGUUCUGAGAGUCCGCACAGUUCCAUUCUUGGUCUCUCUCUGUCUUCUUCCUUGUGUUUCAUCAUCUCUGUUCCAGCUUUAUUAGAGAGCUCUGCUUCCUUAGUAGUUCAGAUAUUUGAGAAUCAGAGAGAAAUGAAGAAAGUUGUGUUGAAGGUAGAAAUAUAUGACGACAAGGCCAAGCGGAAGGCCAUGAAGGCAGUCUCUACUAUAUCAGGUGUCAAUUCCAUUGCCAUGGAUAUGAAGGAGAAGAAAAUGACAGUGAUCGGAGAAAUGGAUCCUGUAGUCAUCGUGGGCAAAUUGAGCAAGUCUUGGUACGCGGAUAUAGACUUUGUUGGGCCACCACCAAAAGAGUCUGAGAAGAAGAAGGAAGACAAUAAGAAUAAGGGAACCAACGCAGAGCCCUUUACAGUAUACCCGGGUGGCUAUAAUCCUUACUACUAUGUCCAGCCUGUCCCAGAAGAGAAUCCCAAUGCUUCUUGUGUUAUCUCUUAAUUGGGAGGAUUUACUUGAUGAAAAGCUCCUCUGUACAGUUGGGGUCCUGGGAAUUGUGGGUUAAUUGGUUGAUAGCUCUUCCAUAUUGUUCAUGUGUGUUUACCCUCUGGUGAAGUAGUAGAAAACGGAUCAGGUUCUUCUAUGAGAAUCAUUCUCGUACGAUCUUGAUCCAUACAUGGAAUUCACAUUAAAAAAUACCAUGUGUAUGGAUUAAAUCGCACGAGAAUGACACAUGUACGAGAAUUUGAUCAACACUCGAAGUAGUAAUGGGUAGCCCUCUUUAUGUGUGAAUUGUUUCACCGUCUUGUUUAAUAAAUUUGAUAUUUCUUGUAAGAAAAAAA